AUGCAUCCAGAAAACGACCCCAUCUUCUCUUCGUACAUCUUAGCCACGGUGGCUGAUUGGCAAGAACUGUUUUGGAGCAAGCAUGUGCACCCUGUCUAUAUUCCCGUGGCCCUCCUAUCUCUUGUCCAUGCUAUUCGUAUAAGCCAUGCCACUCGAUCCAUUAGCGGUGGACUGCAAGGUCAGUUGAGCUUAUUUCAGAGUAUGGUGCUGAACAUGAUCGUGUUAUUUGGGUCCUCUACAUUGCUAGCCAUCCUGCUGGGCCUACCAGUGCCGUUCCUGAUUGCGCCGUAUGCCAUUGCCUUGUACUCGACCGUGCAUGUCAUCAUGACGCUAAGUGGGCUUGGAGAUCUACUGUUACGACUGCACAAGUCACCGGCGCUCGCACUCCCGGUGGAUCUCCUGCUCGCCGCUAUUGACGCCGUAUGCCGUUCUGAGGGCGUGGUCAAUGUCGGCUUAGCGCAAGUCCAGCGGCAUCCGAACCCUGUAGUGGCGCAUUCCUUACUCGUACAGCUUGUUGCUGGCGCUCUUAUUUCUGGCGGCUUACCUCUUCUCAUUGCCACCUUCCAACUUCAUUCUCCGCACGGCCACUGGCAGCUUCAAACGCCGGCAUGGCUUCGCCGCGUUGACUUGCUGCUGUUCCUGCCAGAUCUAUGGGGUGGCGUGGCUGUGGCAUUUGUCCACAUUGUGCUGCGUGGUGGAAAUAUAGAGGCGCGGUUCCCGUGGCUUCCGCCUGCGGCGCCUGUCCUUGCGCAAUGGCUCUCCUAUCCUAGCCAUGUGAAUGUGCACAAAGUAAAGAACGCGCAAUACCUUUCCCUCCGCGAGACCAAGGCGGUCGGCGCUGCGGUGCUCUUUGUGUUCCUGGCCGUGCCUGUACUGUACCGGCAUCUCUCGCUGCGUGCGAUUCAGCCUGUUACAAUGACCCAAACGCCGACGAAGAAAAAUUCUACUCGAUCUAAGAAGAAGCUACCAUAG